UCUUCCCUUCUUUUAGCUUUCCGACUUGAAUCCCGUCCCGUACUUCUUAUAGGAGGAGGACCCGUUUCUCAUUCCCGACUUAUCCAUCUCAUUUCAUGUGGUUCACAUAUAACAUUAAUAUCACCAACUAUAACAUCAGAAAUAUCUUCAUUAAUAUCAUCUUCAAAUUCAUCCCCAUUCCCAUCCAAAAUAACAUAUUUAAAACGUUUAUAUAAAGGUGAAUCCGAUGAUAUAAAAGUAAAAGAUUUCUCAAUAGUCUUAACUGCUAUCGAUGAUCCUAUAAUAUCUAAAGAAACGUAUGAAAUGUGUAAAUUUCAUCGUGUACCUAUAAACGUAGCGGACGUUCCUGAUUUAUGUGAUUUUUAUUUCGGUGCACAAUUUAAAAAAGGUUUAAUACAAGUGAUGGUCAGUACUUCUGGAAAAGGACCAAGAGUAGGAGCUAUGAUUAGAGAUAUAAUAGAGGAUUGUUUACCUGAAGAAUUAGAAUCGAGUGUUGAAGGUGUUGGAAUUUUGAGAAAAGAAUUAAGGGAGAAAGUACCUGGUAUCGGUGGUGAUAAAUCAAAGAAAAGAAUGGAAUGGAUGAAAAGUAUUUGUGAUGCUUGGGGUUUAGAUAAUUUGAAAUUGUUUAAAGAAGAAAAGAUAAGAGAAUGGGUUUUUAUCAAUGGUUGGGAAAAAGAUAGAGUUGUUAGACCUGAUCAAAUUCCUUGGAAUGAAAUGCCUGAGGAAAUUAGGAAUCAAUAUCGGAAAGGAAUGAAGAAAGAUAAAAGGGUAGGUAAGUUAGAUGUAGGAGGAACGGAAAUGUUUUUUGGAUUAUUAGGUUGGGUGUUGGGUACAGCUUUGGGAGCGUUGUUCAUGUUGGGAUUAGCAAUGUUGAUCAGUUGGUACAUGUCUCAUAAAAGUUAA